AUGCCGAGCAGCAGCAAAAAGAACAGGGGCAAGAAUGCCAUCCACAGCAACCAUAAUAAUAAUAAUAAUAAUAACUCUGUGAACCAUAGGGACGGCCCCGUAAAGAGCAAAAAGCAGGAGGAGAGUGAUGAGUUUGAGAAAGUUCUGGCGGACCUCAGCAGGGCUACAGAGUUUUCAGGCAUGAAGAGGGCCAAGAUGCUAGAGCGUGAUGCGAAGAUGCGGGUGGAGCGGGUGGAGAGGUAUAAGAACGUCAUUGCCGGGAGGGCAAAGGAGGCUGAAAUGGAGUUUGACAUGAUGUUGCGCCGUAAACAGCAGAAGCAGCAGUUCCAGGAUCUUCUUCAACAGCUGCUAGCCGCCCAACGUGUGCUCCUGGACGCCCCCAAUACCGACUUCCAAGGCGAAACAGUGACGGAAAAUCCUCAUUUUGACGUAGCGGUAGGGGAGAUGCAAGGCUGGCGUGUCAACAUGGAGGAUGAGCACCUGGUAGAUGUCAAAUUCCCGAACGAUGAGCCCGAUAGCAAGGAGGGACUCUUCUGCGUUUUUGAUGGCCACUCGGGGAAGGGAUGUGCCAAGAAGUGUCGGGAGUUGAUUUCCAAGACAGCGAGGAAAUACUGGACGCGUGUGACGGGGGAAAGCGCGAGUUCCACGGUGGACUUUGAAAAGGUGUACCUGGAGGUGGACGGCAUUUUAGAGAGAGAGCUGACGGAUGGAUCAGGUUGCACGGCUGUCACGGUACACGUCACAUCCGAUGUUAUUACCUGCGCCUCUGUCGGAGACUCCCGUGCGGUGCUUUGCCGCAACGGCGCUGCCUUUGACCUUUCGUACGACCACAAACCAGAGAAUGCGUUGGAGCGCGAAAGGAUCGAGUCUGCAGGAGGUUCUGUCUCGGAGAACCGCGUAAAUGGCCAACUUGCGAUGAGCCGAGCGAUGGGUGAUUUCAUCUACAAGACUCAAAAGGAUCGUGAUCCGAGGGAGCAGCAUGUCAUUGCCGUGCCUGAUGUUAUCAGCACCCCGCGGGAGGCCGGUGACACAUUUGUGGUGUUGGCCUGCGAUGGUAUUUUUGAUGUCCUUGGAAACGAUGAACUGGUCGAUUGUGUGCUUUCCAAGAAGCAACAGGGAAAAAGUAACUUGUUGAUAUGUGAGGAUAUUUGCCGUGAGUGUUUGGCGCCACCGGCGGAGGGCGGUGGUCGCAGCUCACGCGCCGAGGGCACAGACAACAUGACCAUCAUGAUCGUCGAUCUUAAGUAA